ACAGCUGAGCGACGAGAGGUGCAGGUGGCUGCAGCAGUGGCUGCUGUCUCUCACAAUCACCCUCUGACUAGCCACACGAUGCGUUACUUCAUGCUUCACAAGCCUCGCGGGUGUGUCACAAGCACGGUUGACGACACCGGGCGUGGCAGGCCUACAGUGUACGACGUCGCUAAGGCCGCAGGUGUGCCGAACUUCGGACCUGUGGGCAGGCUUGACUUCGACACCUCGGGUGUACUCUUGUUUACCGAUGACUACAAGCUCAAGAAGGCCAUCUCGUCCCCAACGUAUAAAGGGAAGGCGGCCGUGGGCACGGUGCCUUCAAUGGAGAAAGUCUACCACCUCCUCGUUGCAGGCACGAUCACACCAGAGGAUAAGGGGGUGAAUGGACCUGCUGCAAGAACCUCUGCACUUCAGCCGCAAGCUGGACGGCCCAGGCGGUGAGGUUCGAAUGCCGCGUAUUCCUUGUUCCUAUCUGGAUGUUGACCACGAACGUGGUAGAGUAUCUCGUGGUACCUUUGAAGCAACACCCAUGAUUCGAUCACAUGUCUGCGUGAGGGGUACACUCACACUUUCGUUACGCAAGUGUAGGAUAGGGUUAGCUGUGUGCCACACGCACGUGCGACGUGUCACGCUUCUCUCG